AUGAGUAAUAACGAUAGGGCUGGAGUCGCUCCUAACUGGUUGGAGCAAUUUCAGCGAAAUCACCCACCUACCUUCAAAGGAGGAUAUGACCCAGAUGCUGCAAUGAAUUGGAUAACGGAGAUCGAGAAGAUCUUCAAUGUCAUGGAAUGUCCUCUCGCUCAGAAGGUGAGGUUGGCCACCUACAUGUUGACUGCUGAUGCCCACUUUUGGUGGGAAGGAGCACUUCAAAGGAUGAUUGAUGGAGGGGUACACUUGAAUUGGGACAACUUCAAGAGGGUCUUCCUUGAGAAGUAUUUCCCGGAUGAUGUGAGGAGUCAGAAGCAAGUGGAGUUCCUUGAACUAAAGCAAGGGAAUGACACAGUAGCAGAGUAUGCUUCCAAGUUUGACUCAUUGGUUCGUUACUGCUCCCACUAUCAUGGUGAGGGUGGUGAACGUGCUAAAUGCAUUAAGUUUGUGAAUGGGUUACGUCCCAAAGUGAAGACAACGAUCAAUUAUCAGGAGAUCUACCAUUUUCCAACCUUAGUGAACAAGUGUCGCAUCUUUGACCAUGACAACUGUGCACGUGCUGCUUUCUACAAGGAAGUUGGAGGUCCUAUGCGUGCUGCAAGUUCUGAUGCUUCGAGUAAGAGUAAGCCUUACUCUGCUCCUGCUAGAUUUCGAGGGAGUAAAACUGCUGCUAGUGGAAGCAAGUCAUUUAUUGGAGGAUCCAUUGUUAGUGCUGUCGGAAGUGUUGCAGGGUUUGUGUCAACUCCUUCAGGCAAAUGCUGGAAGUGUGGACAUCCUGGUCAUAGUCAGUUCUAG